AUCGCGCGAUGAACUCUCCAUGGUUCUUGGAGCCUGGUUCGCGCGCACCUCCAGCCUAGUACGACGCGUCAUGGGUUCGACAGCGUACGCGGCCUACAACAAUGGCUCUGCCGGCGCCGGCAAUGCGCACACGGUGACGGCGAUGGGCCGGUGGUCCGUCCUCGAUAAGCAGCUCCCGGCCGUCGACAAGAUCAAGGCGAUUCACGUCUACGACUUUGACAACACCCUUUUCAAGACGCCGCUACCAAAUCCGAAACUAUGGAACGGCCCGACGAUAGGGAUGCUGGCGAACCCUGAUGCCUUCGUCAACGGCGGUUGGUGGCACGACUCGCGCAUCCUCGCCGCGACGGGCGAGGGCAUUGCCAAGGAAGAGCCGCGCGGUUGGAACGGGUGGUGGAACGAACAGAUCGUUGAGCUCAUUCACCUCAGUAACAAGCAGAAGGAUGCGCUUUGCGUCCUGCUCACGGGCCGCUCCGAGUCCGGCUUCGGCGAGCUCAUCAAGCGCAUGGUGGCAAGCAAGGGUCUCGAGUUUGACCUGAUCUCCCUGAAGCCCGCCGUCGGCCCCAACAACGAGCGCUUUGCCAACACCAUGAUGUUCAAGCAGACGUUCCUCGAGGCUCUAAUGGAGACAUACAGGCAUGCGGAGGAGAUCCGCAUUUACGAGGACCGGGUAGCGCACGUCAAGGGUUUCCGUCACUUCUUGGACGAGUACAACGCCAAGAAGAUCAACGGCGUAGAGACUCCAAUGACACGAGGGCCUAUCAACGGCGAGGUGAUCCAGGUAGUUGAUAUGGUCACAUACCUUGAUCCCAUCGUCGAGGUCGCCGAGGUGCAGCAGAUCAUCCACGACCACAACACCGCCCUGUCGAAGGGACAGCGCGGCACGAGAGGCGAGCGCCUGGCCAUCAAGAAGACGGUGUUCUAUACAGGAUACAUGAUCAACAACGCUGACACACAGCGCUUGCUCACGCUCGUACAGCUCCCCCAGAACCUCCCCGAAGGGGACCUGAAGCGCCACGCAAACAACAUCAUGAUCUGCCCGCGGCCGUGCCCGCCCGCCAUCCUGGAGAAGAUCGGCGGCCUGGGCAGCAAGAUGACCUGGGAAGUGACUGGCUCGGCCUGCUUCGAGAACACCAUCUGGGCGGCGUGCGUCAAGCCCGUGCCCGCCACGGCAAAGUUCCACACAGGCGACCCGGUCCCGCUCGUCGUGUUAGCGCUGCGUAAGGGCGCGCGUCACGUCGACGCCGGUAAGAUCCAGCACUGGCAGCCCGUGCCGCCCGACCGCGCCUUCCGCUUCGAAACCACCGUCGGCGAGAAGAUCCUCCUCCGCAUCGAGCCCGAGGACCACCACCCUCACCGCGAGCCGGCCUCCCACGCCAGAGCCUUCAACAAGCGCAAGCACACCGCCGCCGCGGACGACUUCCGCGCCCGCUCGAGCGUUGGCCCCCAGCCGCCGCAGCAGCCGCAGCAGCAGCAGCAGCAGCAGCAGCAGCAGCAUCGGCAGUUCCACCAG